GCCCGGCAUCGUCGAGAGGAACAAUAUGAGAUCAUUGCCGCCGAAGCAGCAAAGCAAUAGUGAUGAAAAGGAGCAGCAGCAGCUGCUGUGGGAUGCCCACGCCCAUCUCUUGAACACCGCGCUCGCCCACAUCAACUCCAUGGCCCUCAAGUGCGCCGUCGACCUCAGAAUCGCAGACGUCAUCAACCAAGGCAAUACCAGAAAUCACCAUCACCCCAUGAUCCCUCUCUCUGCUCUCCUCUCCCAACUGUCCAUCCCGCCGGCCAAAACUGACCCCUUCCGCCGCCUCAUGUGCCUCCUCGUCCAGUCCGGCUUCUUCACGAGAUCAAAGCUCGACGAGGUAGAAGAAGCCUACGGCCUCACUCCCAUCUCUGCUUCCCUUCUUGUGCAGAGUCAAACAGAGAGUCUCACGCCUUUGCUACGCUUUAUGCUCGACCCUUUGCUAGUGAACCCAUGGCAAAGCCUAAGCCGGUGGUUGACCUCGCCGGACGACGUUUCCACCUCUUUCGAGGCGGAGCACGCGGCGACGCCGUUCGAGAUCGCGGCACGAAGCCCCGCGUUCAACGUUCUGCUGAACGAGGCGAUGGCCUGCGACACUCGCCUGGUCGCGCAGGUGCUCGUCGGGGACGAGCACGGCGGCCACAUCUUCAGCAGCCUAACGUCGUUGGUGGACGUGGGAGGGGGCACAGGCGGGAUGGCGGCGGCGGUGGCGGAGGCCUUCCCGCAGGUGAAGUGCAUCGUGCUUGAUCUCCCGCACGUGGUGGACUCAUUGCUGCAGCAGGAGAUGACGAUCUCGAGGAAGGUGGAGGUGGUCGCCGGAGACAUGUUCGAGUUUAUUCCUCAUGCCGACGCUGUCCUGCUCAAGUGGGUGCUGCAUGACUGGAGCGACGAGGACUGCGUGAGAAUACUACAAAGGUGCAAAGAGGCAAUUCCUUGUAAAAUGCGAGGUGGAAAAGUGAUAAUUAUUGAGAUGGUGAUGGAGCAAUCAGAAUAUGAUGAUAUUGAUCGUGAUCAAGGCAAGUCGUCGUCUUCUGAUUAUAAAAUGCAGCAGACAAAGCCUCUGUUCGAUUUAUAUAUUAUGGGGGCUACUCCAGGUAAGGAACGAUGUGAAGCAGAGUGGAGGAAUAUUUUCACAGCUGCAGGGUUUACGGACUACAAAAUGAUGACCACUUUGGGGUUGCGUUCUGUGAUGGAGGUUUAUUAUGAUUGAUAAUUAAUGAGAGGUUUAAUUUAUUAUGAUGGCAUGUCUACAUGUUCAGUUUGGUGAUAUUCCUGUAAUAGUAUAUAUAUUAAUAGAGUAAUGAUAUGUUCAAG